CCUGCGUGUCGACGGCGGCGCGGAACUGGCGUGGCACAGCGACGGCGCGCGCGGGCGUCCUGGGGCGGGACUUCCGGUGGCGCUGGCGAGCGUCUUCCGGCCGCGCGCGAGGGUGGUCCGGCCGGCCUCUGGGACAUGAAGCCCCCUGGACUCCGAGCCUGCACCCCCUGCGACUGCCCGCCAUGAAGGCGCUCCUCCGCGUGCUCUGGCUCGCUCUGGCCUGCGGCUCUGCUCACACCACCCUGUCAAAGUCAGACGCCAAAAAGGCCGCCUCCAAGACCCUGCAGGAGAAGACUCAGUUUGCAGAGAAGCCUGUCCAGGACCGGGGGCUGGUGGUGACGGACCCCAGAGCCGAGGACGUGGUUCUGGAGCAUCGCAGCUACUGCUCGGCCAAGGCCCGGGAGAGGCACUUCGCUGGGGACGUCCUGGGUUACGUCACUCCGUGGAACAGCCACGGCUACGACGUCACCAAGGUCUUUGGGGCCAAGUUCACGCUGAUCUCACCCGUGUGGCUGCAGCUGAAGAGGCAUGGCCGCGAGUUGUUCGAGGUCACGGGCCUCCACGACGUGGACCAAGGGUGGAUGCGUGCAGUCCGGAAGCAGGCCAAGGGCCUCCGUAUAGUGCCUCGGCUCCUGUUUGAGGACUGGACGCAUAAGGACUUCCAGAGCGUGUGGGACAGCGAGGACGAGAUCGAGGAGCUCAGCAGGACCCUGCUCCUGGUCGCCAAGAGCCAGCAUUUCGAUGGCUUCGUGGUGGAGGUGUGGAGCCAGCUGCUGAGCCAGAAGCACGUGGGCCUCAUCCACCUGCUCACCCACAUAGCCGAGGCGCUGCACCAGGCCCGGCUGCUGAUCAUCCUGGUCAUCCCUCCGGCUGUCACCCCUGGGACCGACCAGCUGGGCAUGUUCACAAACAAGGAGUUGGAGCAACUGGGCCCUGUGCUGGACGGCUUCAGCCUCAUGACCUACGACUACCCCUCCCCGCAGCAGCCCGGCCCCAAUGCUCCGCUGUCCUGGGUGCGAGCCUGUGUCCAAGUCCUGGACCCCAAGUCCAAGUGGCGGAGCAAGAUCCUCCUGGGGCUCAACUUCUACGGCAUGGACUACUCGGCCGCCAGGGACUCCCGCGAGCCGGUCAUCGGGGCCAGGUACAUCCAGACCCUGAAAGAGCACAGGCCCCGCAUCGAGUGGGACAGCCAGGCCGCGGAGCACUUCUUCGAGUACAAGAGAAGCCGAGGAGGCAGGCACAUCAUCUUCUACCCGACUCUGAAGUCCGUGCAGAUGCGGCUGGAGCUGGCCAGGGAGCUGGGCGUCGGGCUGUCCAUCUGGGAGCUGGGCCAGGGCCUGGACUACUUCUACGACCUGCUCUAGGCCCCGCUCUGGGCAGACCUUUCUCAGCAAUGGACUCACAGACGUGGGAAAUACAGACUGUUCUCUGCCUUCCUG